ACAUUGUACCUCUGGAGCCUCCGUAGAUCAAACCUGUCCACUGUUUAGAGAAAAAUGUCAUGCUAGUCGACUCUGAGGAUGUGUCGCAGCUAAAGCGCUGUUGCAAUGAGAAGUAUUUCGUUUUUAGGAGGUUGAAGAGUUUAAAGACCCAACCACGCACCCGUCGGAGUCCAGGUUUCAUAAGGAAGGGUAGCUGUAUUUUCGCGUCAUAACCCCGGGUAGCUAGUUUUCUGCUGCUAACCAAACUAACAAGGUAACCUGUCAGCUUUAUCCAGCGCGGUUUUUACUCGACACCGUCUUUUUCAGCCGUAGCUGCCCUCGCCAUCAGUAUUACUUUUAUUCAACAACUUCAGGUGUAUGUAGCUGUUUGUUGUUGUUAGCCGUUUGAUGACUUUGACUCAGAGAUGACCUACAGCUUCUGACCCACAGAAAGUCUGCUACUCCUUCGACGCUGAUCUCAUAGUUAGUUAUGUCGGCUGAUUGGUUAAUGUUGUGUUUGUGUUAAACAGCUGAGAGCUUCACACAGGCUGACUCAUGCUUUCUGAUGAGCUGGACUCUAAACCAGAGCUGCUGGUGCAGUUUGUCCAGAACGCCUCCAUCCCAUUGGUGCAGAGUCUGGAGGACUCGGGGUCCAAGCAUCCCUGCCUACCUCUGUUGGCCCCAGCUGAGGGGUCCCUGUGCUCUCCUCUGGAGCUCCCACAUGGAAGUCUGAGGCACAGGCAGGACACUUCGCCCUCGUUGCCGGAGUUUGGUGGCGUGCCACAGCAAAGCCCGUUGGUGGUCCAGUCACAGCCUCAGCCACAGGCAUCUCCAAGCCCCCCAGCUAUCCUGCACGACUUACAGCAGCCGGACAGCACCUCCUACGUCCUCCUAAACCUCGCGAAAGGCAUCACAGCUUCCUCGGAGUCCCUGAUCUUUGCUGCCGACGGUGCCGGGGACGAUGAAGAUGGGGGGGUUUCGUCGGGAGACUACGGGAUUGACGGCACCGCCCCGUGGUAUCUGAGGGUUCAGGAGCUGGCACACGACAGCCUCAUCGCAGCUACACGGGCGCAGCUUGCGAGAGACGCAAAGGCCAGCCAGGACGCCAGAGCUGCAAGCGUCAGUAAUGGUGACCACACACACAGCUUGAUUGAAGACGGGGACAAGCGGGAGCUGCUGUCUCGAGCCGGCCGCCCCCUCAACAAGCAGAUCCUGCGCUGCUCAUUUGAGGACUGCGGCAGGACGUUCACCUGGCCGGCUCACCUCAAAUAUCACCUCAAAACGCACAGGAACGACCGAAUGUUCCAGUGCAGCGCAGAAGGCUGCGGAAAGAGUUUCUACGUGCUGCAGAGGUUGCAGGUUCACAUGAGGACUCACAAUGGCGAGAAGCCCUUCAUCUGCAAGGAGAAGAACUGUGGCAAGACGUUCACCACCGCAGGAAACUUGAAGAACCACCGGCGCAUACAUACAGGUGAGAAACCUUUUCUGUGCGAGGCAGAUGGUUGUGGGCGGUCCUUUGCAGAGUAUUCCAGCCUACGGAAACACAUGCUGGUGCAUUCAGGUGAGAAGCCUCACGUGUGCGUGAUCUGUGGAAAGACGUUCUCCCAGUCCGGCAGCAGGAACGUUCACAUGAGAAAGAGACACGGAGAGGAGGGGCUCAGUAGUGAAAGUAGAGAAACAGGAGAGGCUUUAACACAAAGCAGCCUGCUGGAGGCAGAUGGUGAGAAUGGAGGUGGUUUGGUCACCAUGACAACAGCUGUGGAGCCCAUGAAUCUUCAUCACGUGAUGUUGAGAUCACCAGGUUCUGCGGACUCAGUGGUAGUCCUUUCUCAGCCGCAUGAGCUGGUGACCAUGACAACAGAGGGCCAUGCUUACGGAGAGGACGUGGUUGCUCUGCUUUAGUCUCCCACCCUGACAUACAUCACGCGUGGUCUAUUUCAGCAGCAGUGAACUGAUGGGCACAAGUGGGGGGAAAAAUCAAGACGGAUCACAGUCUUUAACACUUGUAGAUAUGUGUAAUUAGCAAACAGUUUUAUUUUGAUGUGCGUGACAUGGCGGAGUUUGUAUGAGCAACGUUUUUCCCUUGUGUUUUUGAAAACAAAACGCUCCCAAAGAAAUGCAGAAACGGGUCGGAACAGAUUAUGAAGCUGAGACGGAUGUUUCGUCAGCAUCAUCAGGUUUGAGAUUGAUAUGCAGUUGAUAUUUGCAGACGGGGAAAAAUGGUUACCUGGAAGCCCCGUUGGCUGAUCUGACAGCUUACAUUGUAACACACAUGUACCAUUAUAUGGUAAAAACUAACUCUUUUAAAUAAAAAAAUAAAAAAACUGA